GGAAGCCAAAGAGGAUAGGGCAGGUAGGCGAGCCCAGCCGACGCUACGGAGAGUUGCUGCCUCUCCUGACACAAAUAUGGCUGCAGCUCUGGAUCUCCUUCUCAUUGGCUGGCUGCUGCAAAGUGCCCUGUGUGGACAGUUUGAGGUCACUGUGCCGCAGACUAUAGAGGUUCUGAGAGGAUCCUGUGUGACCAUCCCCUGCUCUUUUGACGUAGAGAACAAAUAUGAAUCAAACUUGGAUAAAACAUGUAAAGCAUUAUGGAAAAAUGAUCAAGACACUGUUGUGUUUAAUAGCAGUGCUCCAGAACAAACUACAAUAAAAGGAGAAUUGACAGGCGACUUGACAAGAAAAGACUGCACCACAACUCUGAAUAACAUGCAACCUGAACACAGCAAGAAAUAUUUCUUCAGAGUGCAAUGCAACAACGUCCUGAGACAUAAUUUUCCUGACCAAAAAUUGGAAAUUUCAGUCAAAGAUGGUCCUCCCACACCAACUCUGACUCCGUCCACACUGAAGGUGAAGGAGGGAACCUCAGUGAAUGUGACGUGUUCUGCUCCAGCUCCCUGUCUGUCUCAUCCUCCAACUCUGACAUGGACCCCCAGCCUUGGUGACAUUCAUGAGACACUGCAGGAGAAUCAGGACAAAACUAAAUUCAAGACCUCUGUUCUGACCUUCACUGCCUCUCACCUCCAUCACAGACAAGAAAUCUCCUGUACCGCUGUAUACAACAAACAAGAUGGCAGCACUGAGUCAUCUGUUACCACAAGAUUAACAGCUGAUAUUUUAUUUGCUCCACAGAUCCUGCCCUCAUCUGAUUGCACCAAAUCUGCAGGCCAGUUUAACUGUUCCUGUGAGAGUGUGGGAAAACCCUCUCCCAUUUUACAGUGGUAUUUGGAUGGGUUUCCUGUCAAUAACUCUGACAAGUUUGCAAUCAGCAAUGAGACUGUAAAUGACACAAGUCUGAGGAGCUUCAUCAAUGUGAGUGACCCACAGGGGAGGGGUGUUCCCACCUUGCUCUGCCACAGCUCCAACUCUCUGGGAUCUGCUACUCAACGAUUUUAUGUCUACAUCCUUCAGCCUUAUGACCUCGUAACGUUGGCAGUCUUCAUCACAAUAGUUGUCAUACUACUGGUAGUAGUGUGUGCUCUGCUGUUAGUUAUCAGGGCUCAGAAGACUCGCCAUUACCUUCUUAAGAGCACACUUGCAAUGAACCAACAUGUAACCAGUGGAGAGGGAAUUGAGGGGCCCAAAGCAACAGAAGAGGACAUUUAUGUCAACACUGCCGAGCCCUGGUUCUGGAAGUAGAGUGGACAUCUGGUAAUUGUAAGUUUCAUCCCGGGCUUCUCUAGAGAGUGUGUCGAAUUGGCCUUGAGCAAGACACUGAACCUUUAACUGCUGGUUGGCACCUUGGAUAAAUAAAAUGGAGCCUAGAAAUAUGAAUGAGGAAGUGGAAUGUGACUAUACCCUGGUUAAUUUUUAAAACAAGUGCUAUAUGCACGAUUAGAUCACAGUUUAAUUUAGAAAAAUGUCUUGUUCUCUUGUAUGUAUGUUUUUGAUUUGUUGUUCAAUUCAAACAACUUCAUUUAUCCUUGUAGGGCAAUUCAGUUUCUGCCAGUCACAUAAGACAAGACAAAAACAGAACAACUACGAUCAAUCAAACAUUCAGAAAAGGAGUCACUGACAACAUAUAUGCAUUUGGGCAAGCAAAAGUAAAUAUUAUGUGUACAUAAUAAAGAGCAGAGGAUAAAGGACACAAUAAGCAAAUUGUAGUGUUGCCUUUAAUACAGCUAUAAUGCAGAAAUUUACAUUAACAGAAUUAUGUUUCAUUGUUUUCAAGUUUACAGGGUUUUUAAGAUCUUUUUGUCGGUGCAUAAUAUACUGUAUUUUCACAUUUGUGUUUUCUUGCAUAGGCUAAUAAUUAUUACCUUUACUUUUUGCUUAAACUGAACUGGCUGUAUGUAUAGACAUGAAAACAGUGCAGGAGAAUACUUUUUUUUUUUUUUUAGUGCCUACAGUUGAAUUUAGCUGACUUAAACUUCCAAGUUUAAGUUAAUUUAUCUUUUAAUGCAUACCCUUGCUAAGUGUUAAACAUUUACUAUCCAACCAGUGGUGGAGGCUUUAGAAUACCAGAUUUUAGAAAGAGAUAGAAGACCCUCUUUUUCCGGCAUUUCCACUGUUCAGGACGACUGCUUUAAAGCAGACAACCUGAGGAUUUAAAACUUUUUCUUGAUAAAAGAAAAAGGUAUAUAUUAGUUAAUAGUGGUGGUAAAGUAACAGAUCGGUGGGCCGUCACAGACAUAUAAGAAAAACCUGAGGUGUUAGAGGCAUGUAUAUGUCAAAAAUAUGUAGUGACAUAUAGUGACUCAGAUCUAUGACUCACCAUUAAAUAUCUGCUCAGUAUUGUCAACACUUAUGCCAUGGUCUAAAAGAUCUUAAUGUGCAUAAAUCAUAUAAUACAAAAUCACCAUAAUUUCACUGGAGUGACAUUGUCAAACGGUGACUUACUGAAUGGUGUACAGCGACUACUUUCUUCAUGGGAACUACCCAUCUGCUUAGACUGCCUCUGGUUCUGUUGCUAAGUAAUAUUUUAAACAUAAAAAAGAUAAGCUAAUAUUAAAAUGUUAGUGUCAUCUUAAAAAAGUACAAAGCAUUUGAGAGUUUGGCCUUGUGGAUGGAAAUAAAAAAUUUGUUUUAAACCUGCAUAAAUAGAACAUAUAGCAAUUACUCACUCUUAAUUAUUACUAACAUACUUAUUGGAAAAUUGUUGUACCCUAUUUGUGAGGUUACU